AGGAUAUAUAGGUCGGUGACCUGUAAUCUUUCGUCUUAGUAUUUCGGGUAAAGGAAUCUUGUCCGGUCAUGCAGAUGGGACCAUCGUCCGCUAUUUCUUUGAUGAUGAAGGAUCUGGAGAGUCUCAGGGAAAGCUGGCCACCCACCCGUGCCCACCGUACGCCCUGGCCUGGGCAUCGUGCAGCAUUGUGGCUGGUGGUUGUGAUAAAAAGCUGGUGGCUUACGGGAGAGAAGGACAGGUCAUCCAGACGUUUGACUACAGCCGGGACCCCACUGAACGGGAGCUGAGUGUGGCCGUCACCAGUCCCAGUGGGCAGUCUGUGGUAGUGGGCAGCCAUGACAGACUACGAGUGUUGAACUGGAGCCCCCGCAGGGGAUUGUGGGAAGAAGCCCGACCCAAAGACAUUCCCAACCUGUACAGCAUCACAGCCCUGGCCUGGAAGAGGGACGGCUCUCGGCUCUGUGCGGGCACGCUGUGUGGAGGAGUGGAGCAGUUCGACUGCUGCCUGCGACGUACAGUCUACAAAAACAAGUUUGAAAUGACCUAUGUGGGGCCAAGUCAGGUGAUUGUGAAGAACCUCUCCUCGGGGACCCGUGUGGUCCUGAAGUCUCACUACAACUAUGAGGUGGAUGAGGUGAAGAUUAUGGGGAAGGAUCGGUUCCUGGUCGCUCAUACAUCGGACACCUUACUCCUUGGAGACCUGCUUACCAACCGGCUCAGUGAGGUGGCCUGGCCGGGAUCCGGAGGCAAUGAGAAAUUCUUCUUUGAAAAUGAGAAUGUCUGUAUGAUCUUCAAUGCGGGGGAGCUGACCCUGGUGGAGUAUGGAAGCAACGAGAUACUGGGGACUGUGCGUACGGAGUUCAUGAACCCCCAUCUGAUCAGUGUACGGCUGAACGAGAGGCGACAGCGCGGCACAGAGGACAACAAGAAGCUGGCCUAUCUGAUAGACAUGAAGACCAUCGCUAUAG